AUGCUAUCCGAACCCAUGCACCCCUUCGGCCACGAUUAUCGCACAGGCGGCGGCGGCGGCAUGAGCCAGUGGUACGGCACGCAAAAUUCUUCUUCCCUGCACGCCGCAUCGCACCCUUUCGUCCCCAGCUCGCCCGCACAACAGCAGCAGCAACAGCAGCAGCAACCGGGCGCGAGUGGAGGCGAGCAGCCGGUGCGGCGCAGAAUUAGCAGGGCAUGUGACCAAUGCAACCAGCUGCGCACCAAGUGCGAUGGGCAGCAGCCGUGCUCGCACUGUGACGAAUUCGGGCUGACGUGCGAGUACGCGCGCGCGCGGAAGAAGAGAGGCAAGGCGUCGAGGAAGGACAUCGCGGCUCAGCAGGCGGCCGCGGCGGCUGCUGCUGGUGGUGGUGCUGACGCCCGCACCGCUGCCGGCGACGAGACGACCAGCCCGCUCAAGGCCGACGACGAGACAAUCUGUCUCAGUCGCGCUCGCCCAGCUUCCACGCGCACAACACCUCCCAUCCGAGUGGUAUUCGCGGCCCUGGCCAUGAGCAGAUCAACAACUCGGCCGUCGGAACAUCCCCCGCUGCCAGGGAGCCAUAUCAACCAAUACGGAGGCGAACACCUCGGUUUCCACCACAACAACUCCCAGCGAGGAGGCUACAUGGGCUAUCCCUACCGAUCUGGCGAGUCUCCUCUUUCAGGCGGCGGCGUGCUCGAUCAAUCCCCCAUAGCGAACCCAUCGAGCUGGAUGUCACUCCCGGUGCCCACGGCACCCCUCUACUCCGCUCAGCCACGCCACAGCUCCCCGCGAGGCCUACGAUAUACCGUCUUGCGGCCCCUACUGCCCUUCAUCGGCUCCAUCAUCCCGACAGCACUGGCCUGCGAUCUCCUCGAGCUCUACUUCACCACCACAACCUCCGUCUUCAUGCAUCCCCAAUCGCCAUACGUCACCGGCUUUGUCUUCCGCAAAGCCUCCUUCCUACGCCAAAGCAAUCCGCGAGUAUGCAGCCCCGCUUUGCUGUCCAGCAUGCUCUGGAUCGCGGCGCAGACGAGCGACUCACCCUUCUUGACCUCCCCGCCGUCCGCUCGCGGCAGAGUCUGCCAGAAACUUCUCGAGCUGACCAUUGGCCUUCUGAAACCGCUCAUUCACACCCCUCCGGACGCAAUGUAUGGGCACAGCGCGAAUUCCGGCGUCAGUGCCGUUGCCCUCGGCGGCCUGGGCGUCCCUCUGCCCGCUCAAACGCCGCAGGUGGAGGAUGGCGGGCCCGGUGCUACCGGCUCCCUUGACGAUGUCAUGACUUAUGCCCAUCUCGCGACGGUGGUGUCUGCUAGUGAAUACAAGGCGGCGAGUCUGAGGUGGUGGAAUGCGGCGUGGUCACUCGCACGCGAACUUAAGCUCGGCCGAGAGUUGCCCCCGGCUCCUGAGCCAUCAGAAGUCUCGGGCAUGAGAGAAGAGAGUGUGGAGGCUGGCAGUAUGGAUGGUCAUCAUCCGCGCACCAACGACAAGAUGUCGCAAAUGCAGCAGCAGGAAGAGCGGGAAGAACGCCGACGAAUCUGGUGGCUUCUGUACUGCGUCGACCGGCAUUUGUCUCUGUGCUACAACAAGCCUCUAGCGCUCCUAGACGUGGAAUGCUCGGAGCUGAUGCAGCCGGAGAACGAGGUGGUGUGGCAAGCGGGAGAGUUCUACAUGCGCGACAGCGCAGAGCCGGACUACCGACGCCGCCGCGGCCCUCCAUUCGAAUGCACCGGCCACGGCAUCUUCGGCUACUUCCUCCCUCUCAUGACCAUCCUAGGCGAGCUCGUGGAGCUCAAGCAAGCCCGCAACCAUCCGCGCUUCGGCCUCCACUUCCAGAACAGCCUCGACUGGACCGGACAGAUCAACGAAAUCACCCAACAACUCGACUCUUUCGGGCAGAGCCUCAAAGCCUUCGAAGAGCAGCAGGGGGCCGCGCAGCUCGAGCGGACGUAUAGCCACGAAAGCGCCGCACUAGGCAUCGACGGCGCACACGGCGGAAUCGACCGUCGAAGUCCCCCGCAGCCCACCGGGCAGCAAAUGACGGAGUCGAUGCACCAAACCAAGAUCGCAGUCGCGUACGGCACAUACCUCAUGCACACCAUGCACAUCCUGCUGAACGGCAAGUGGGACCCGAUUUCCCUGCUCGACGACAACGACCUGUGGAUCUCCUCGCAAUCCUUUGUGUCCGCCACAGGCCACGCGGUCGCGGCUUCGGAAGCCCUCAACGAUGUCCUAGACUACGAUCCGGAUCUCAGCGUCAUGCCGUGGUUUUUCGGCAUCUACUUGCUCCAAGGCAGUUUCCUCCUCAUGCUCAUCGCCGACAAACUGCAAGCCGACGCCGGGCCGAGCGUGGUCAAGGCGUGCGAGACGAUUGUGCGCGCGCACGAGGCGUGCGUGGUGACGCUGAACACGGAGUAUCAGCGUAAUUUCCGCAAAGUCAUGCGCUCCGCCCUGGCGCAGGUCAAAGGCAGGAUGAGCGAGGAUUUCGGCGAGCAGCAGAAGCGACGGCGCGAGGUGCUCUCUUUGUACCGAUGGACGGGCGAUGGGACGGGGUUGGCAUUGUGA